UGACAGAAGCUUCAAACAUCGCCGACACCGUAGUAAACAUAUUUUUGUAGGAAAAAGUCUUGUAUUUUUUGUAUUAAUUUGUUCAUAGUUUUCCAAUUUCUAUCGCAAAUGAGACAGAACAGUGAAAUAUGAGUGCUUUUCAUGCAAAAAUAGAAAACAUUUGCAGGCUUUGCUUGUCCGGCGAUGACAACUUGGAAUCUAUUUUUGUUGGUAGCGGGACCGAGCUGCUGCAGAUGAUAAUUUACGACUGCACAACAGUGAAGGUAUCUCCGAAACAUGGAUAUCCAACUUCGAUCUGUAUACCAUGCAAGGCAAAAGUUGAAAAUUUCCACUUGUUUCGUGAACAGUGCAUUCAAAACGACGAAUACCUACGAUCGACCUUCCUCGAGCCGGAAAUUGUGAUUAAAACAGAGCCAGACUUUAUCAUCACUGGCCCUGGGAACGAGGAAGAUGACGAUGACGAUGAUGAUGAUAUCGACGAGGCCGAUAUUGAAGAAUGGGAUGAAUCUGAAUCAAAUUACAUUUCGGAAGAUGAUCAAAUGAAUAGUUCGAUUAAGCAAGAUUCAUAUCUUCACAGGGAACUCAGCACAAAUAACAAUAUAGAUAUUAACAACUCUUCUGCUCAAAUUCCCCGAUUUAGAUGUGAAUUCUGUUCAGCUGAAUAUUCAGUGUUGGAGCAACUUGAAAAGCACAUCACUAGUCACAAAGAAGAGAAAAUUUUCAAAUGUUUUUACUGUCCUAAAACGUUUCACUUUGCCAAAAAUUUGAAUAUGCACAUAGAAUAUAUACAUUCGAAAGUGAAAUAUUCACAAAAGAUUGCUACCAAAAGCAUAAACGUAGCACAACAUUGCCGUCUAGUCAAUAACGAGAUAAACAAUACUGCGUCUAUCAACACCAGUGGUGCGCAAAAUAUGAAUAAUAUCCUGAUUCGAAAUGGAAAACCUACGACUAUUCAUUCAGCAAGUUCAACGGGUCGCAUACCUGCAGCUCGUGUCAGUAAUCACGAGUGUCAUGUAUGCCAUAAGUCUUUCAACGAUCUUCGUCAGCACAUGUUGCUUCAUGACGGUGAGAAACCCUACAAAUGCGAUGUCUGUUCUAAAUCUUUUUUUAAUGCAUCGACUCUAAAAACGCACUAUCGUGUGCACAGCGACGAAAACCCUUUCCGAUGUACUACUUGCACAAAAGUUUUCGAUAACGCACGCAGUCUGGAAUUGCACUACCGAACCCAUACAGGUGAGCGCCCAUAUUCGUGUGACGUCUGCUUGAAGAAGUUCUCGUGCUCUUCAAAUUUGAAACGACAUCGGAAACUGCAUGAUCGAGAUUGAACUGCCGUACGAUGGCGGCUGGCUGCCUAAAUACUAACAUGUAUCGCUAGUCUAGAGUUAGGGCUAUGAUACACACGUGUAGGGAUUGAGAAAAUCGAAUUUCGAACCUGUUAGAUAUUUGAUAUGCACACAUAACUUUAGCAGUCAAAUUUUGUGCAUUUAAUUUUUAGAGAAACAAGCAUUUUAGGAUACUACAUUGUGAUCCUAAUGUUUGCUAACAUGAUAGCUGCGCUUAGUCAAGCGCAAUGAAGAUUAGCAAAACACCAACGCUUUAAUAACUUGAAAUAACGCCAUAAAGUACUAAUCCUACUGCUACUAGGUCUACUGAAAGGAAGUAUGCAAACUAUCUAAGUCAUCGUAUUUAUUUUCUAAUAAAUUAUUAUCUAGCCUGUAUUUUCAAAGAAAUGUGAACCGUAGACUAAGUUUUAUUUACUGUUGAGCUUAUUGUAUAGUGAUUUAGGAAGAAACAUUGCAAUAUCAAAUCCUUUGAAAAGGUAUAUCACAGAAACAUAGUCCUUAUUAACGGAAGAAUAAACGAUAAAUCCAAAUUCCCA